GCUGAGGGCUGGCUGGCUGGCAACCCCAGUAGCCUGUCCUGUGAGCUGCCUCCAACAUGGAUGACAUCUACAAAGCCGCGGUAGAGCAGUUGACAGAAGAGCAGAAGAAUGAGUUCAAGGCUGCCUUCGAUAUCUUUGUCCUGGGUGCGGAGGAUGGCUGCAUCAGUACCAAGGAGCUGGGCAAGGUGAUGAGGAUGCUGGGCCAGAACCCCACCCCUGAGGAGCUGCAGGAGAUGAUCGACGAAGUGGAUGAAGAUGGCAGUGGCACAGUGGACUUCGACGAGUUCCUCGUCAUGAUGGUUCGGUGCAUGAAGGACGAUAGCAAAGGGAAGUCUGAGGAGGAGCUGUCCGAUCUCUUCCGCAUGUUUGACAAAAAUGCUGACGGCUACAUCGACUUGGACGAGCUGAAGAUGAUGCUGCAGGCUACGGGCGAGACAAUUACAGAGGAUGACAUUGAAGAGCUCAUGAAGGAUGGCGAUAAGAACAAUGAUGGCCGGAUUGACUAUGAUGAGUUCCUGGAAUUCAUGAAGGGUGUGGAGUAGACACUGACUUUGCACAGAGUUGCCCCCACGCCAGUCCUCCCUCUCCAGACGGACCCUGUGGUACCGGUACAACUGGGUUCUCUAGACUCUGAACCUGGUUGUGUCCUUUAAUGCCCCCCCCCAACCUGGACUCUCUCCCCUUUCCUGUCCUGGGGAAUGCAAAUAAAUCCUUGCUCCCUAGA